CUUGUGCGGCAGCGAGUAGGGCGCGGGGGGCCCCGGCAGCAUCGGAGGAGGAUCCCGCCGACGGGGGCCCAUCAUGCCCGGACACCUGCAGGAGGGUUUCGGCUGCGUCGUCACCAACCGCUUCGACCAGCUCUUUGAUGACGAGUCUGACCCCUUCGAGGUGCUACGGGCGGCCGAGACCCGGAGGAAAGAGAGCGGCGGCGGCGGCGGGAGCCAAGGAGGCGGCGGGGCCCGCGGUGGCCCGGCGGGUUCCCAGACCAACUCCUCCGGCGGGGCCGGCGGUGGAGGCCCGGGUCAGGCGGGCGCUGGCGGCGGCGGCCCCGGCAGCGCGGCCAAGCAGCUGCGCAGGGAGUCCCAGAAGGAGCGCAAGAACCCGCUGCCCCCCUUCGCCGCCUCCGCUGGGGGCCCCGGUGACCGCCGGGAGGAGGGCAGCGGCCAGCCCGGCGCUCCGCUGCGGAAGGAGGGGAUAAGGCGCAUUGGCAGGAGGCCUGAUCAGCAGCAGCAGCAGGGUGAAGGCAAACCCAUUGACAGGAGACCAGAGAGACGACCUCCUCGUGAGCGCCGCUUUGAGAAACCUGCCGAUGAGAAAGCCGAAGGGGGAGAAUUUUCUGUUGACAAACCCAUCCUUGACCGACCUAUGCGUGGCCGUGGUGGACUUGGAAGAGGCCGUGGCCGUGGCCGUGGCAUGAGCAGGGGAGAUGGCUUUGACUCUCGUGGCAAACGUGAAUUUGACAGACACAGCGGCAGCGAUAGAUCUUCUGUUUCACAUUUCAGCGGCCUGAAGCACGAGGACAAGCGCGGCGGCAGCGGAUCGCACAACUGGGGAACUGUCAAAGAUGAGCUAACUGAAUUGGAUCAGUCAGCUGUAACUGAGGAAACGCCGGAGGGAGAGGAACAUCCGCCUGCUGACUCUGAAAACAAAGAGAAUGAGGUUGAAGAAGUAAAGGAAGAAGGCCCUAAGGAAAUGACCCUGGAUGAGUGGAAAGCUAUUCAAAGUAAGGAUCGUGCAAAAGUGGAGUUCAACAUCCGUAAACCAAAUGAGGGUGCUGAUGGGCAAUGGAAAAAGGGAUUUGUCCUUCACAAGUCAAAGAGUGAGGAGGCUCAUGCUGAGGACUCUGUAAUGGAUCAUCACUUCCGCAAGCCAGCAAAUGACAUCACAUCCCAGCUGGAGAUCAACUUCGGAGACCUGGGCCGCCCCGGGCGCGGCGGCAGAGGGGGACGAGGUGGCCGAGGGCGUGGUGGCAGGGCCAGCCGUGGUGGCAGAACCGACAAGUUGGUUAAGGAGUUUGAUGUGAUCCACACACCCAACCAGUCAAGUGCUUCUGCUCCUGAUGUAGAUGACCCAGAGGCUUUCCCAGCUCUGUCCUAAACUGGAUGUCAUAAAGCCAACCCUGCCCUCGUUGGGCCUUCCUCUCCGAGGCUUGCAUGCUUAAAGGAUCCUAAACAACUUAAGAAAUGUAAAGGAAAAAAAAAAAAAAGAAAAAUACCACACA